CGAGCCGAGCCGAGCCGAGCCGAGCCGAGCCGCCCGGGGCCCCGCGGCGCGGAGAUGAGCAGGUCGGCGGCGCUGCUGCUCUGCCUGCUGGGCUGCAACGUCUGGACGGCGGGGACCAAGGCGCCGCGGGAGCCCGGCGCCGGAGCCCAAGAGGUGACCCUGAAGGUCCACAUCAGCGACGCCAGCACCCACCAGCCCGUCCCAGAUGCGCUUAUCGAGAUUUUCACCAACCAGGUGUCUGUUGCUUCUGGUACCUCGGGGACAGAUGGCGUCGCCUUCAUCAAGUUCCAGUAUAAGCUGGGCAGUCAGCUGAUCGUCACCGCCACGAAGCACGCCUACGUGCCAAACUCUGCCCCCUGGAAGCCAAUCCGAUUACCUGUAUUUUCUUCACUGAGCCUGGGCCUGCUUCCAGAACGAUCUGCUACUCUAAUGGUUUAUGAAGAUGUUGUCCAAAUAGUCUCAGGAUUCCAAGGUGCCCGGCCACAGCCUCGGGUCCACUUCCAGAGACGAGCUCUGCGGCUGCCUGAGAACACCAGCUACAGUGACCUGACGGCUUUCCUCACCGCCGCCAGCUCCCCGUCCGAGGUGGACAGUUUUCCUUAUUUGCGAGGAUUGGAUGGAAAUGGAACAGGAAACGGCACCAGGUAUGACCUGACCCCAGUCACAGCUGUCAGCGUCCACUUGCUCAGCAGCGAUGGAACGCCAGUGCUGGUGGAUGGUCCCAUUUAUGUCACCGUGCCCCUGGCCACACAGAGCAGUCUGAGGCACAAUGCCUAUGUCGCGGCGUGGCGGUUUGACCAGAAGCUGGGAACGUGGCUGAAGAGCGGUCUAGGCCUUGUGCACCAGGAAGGUAGUCAGCGGACGUGGACAUACAUUGCCCCCCAGUUGGGGUACUGGGUGGCAGCCAUGUCUCCUCCCAACCCAGGUCCCGUUGUCACACAGGACAUUACCACGUAUCACACGGUGUUUCUUUUGGCCAUUUUAGGAGGAAUGGCUUUCAUACUUUUGGUUUUGCUGUGUCUCCUUUUAUAUUAUUGCAGGCGGAAGUGCUUGAAACCUCGUCAGCACCACAGAAAACUACAACUUCCGGCAGCCCUGGAGAGUUCCAAAAGGGAUCAGUCGACUUCCAUGUCUCACAUCAACUUGCUGUUUUCUCGUCGGGAGUCCGAGUUCCCUGGCCCGCUGGCGGUCACCAGCCACGGCCGCCCGGACGCCCCAGGGCCCAAGGAGCUGAUGAGCGGGGUCCACUUAGAGAUGAUGUCUUCCAACGGAGAAGUGGACAUGCACACCCCCAUGCUGAAGCUUUCCUACAGCACCUCGCAAGAAUUCAGCUCUCGGGAGGAGCUUCUCUCUCACAAGGAAGAGGACAAAAGCCAAAUCUCCUUUGAUAACCUGACACCAAGUGGGACGUUGGGAAAAGAGUACCAUAAGUCUGUGGAGAUUUUCCCCUUGAAGCCCAGGAAAUCUGUGGAAAGAGAGGGCUGUGAGUCCCCCGGCAACAGCGAAUACAGGAGGAGCUACAACGCCAUGCUUUCCCAGCCUUUGUUUGAAAAGCAGGACAGAGACGCUCAGGCCUCUGUGAACCAUAUUCCCACCGGCAGCAAGCUCACCAUUCAGGAACAUAUGUACCCCGCGCCUUCAUCUCCCGAAAAGGAGCAGCUGCUGGACCGCAGGCCCACAGAGUGCAUGAUGUCGCGAUCAGUAGACCACCUGGAGAGACCCACGUCCUUCCCCAGGCCCGGCCAGUUGAUCUGCUGUAGUUCGGUUGACCAGGUCAAUGACAGCGUUUACAGAAAGGUAUUACCUGCCUUGGUCAUCCCCGCUCACUACAUGAAACUCCCGGGGGACCAUACCUAUGUGGGCCAGCCCCUGGUCGUUCCGGCUGACCAGCAGCUGGAGAUUGAAAGACUGCAGGCUGAGCUCUCCAGUCCCCACGCAGGGAUCUUCCCGCACCCCUCCUCUCAGAUCCAGGCGCAGCCCCUGUCCUGCCAGGCGAUCUCCCAGCAGCACUUGCAGGACGCAGGCACCCGGGAGUGGACGCCGCAAGGUGCGUCCAUGUCAGAGUCUCUCUCCAUCCCAGCAUCCCUGAACGAUGCAGCCUUGGCUCAGAUGAACAGCGAGGUCCAGCUCCUGACCGAGAAGGCUCUGAUGGAACUUGGGGGCGGGAAGCCACUCCCACACCCCCGGGCCUGGUUCGUCUCCCUGGACGGCAGGUCCAACGCGCACGUCAGACAUUCGUACAUUGAUCUCCAAAGAGCUGGGAGGAACGGAAGCAAUGAUGCCAGCUUGGAUUCUGGCGUGGAUAUGAAUGAACCAAAAUCUGCCCGGAAGGGAAGAGGAGACCCCUUGUCUCUUGCGCAGAACCACCCAGCUGUCCAGGAGCACCCGCAGAAGGAGCCGAGGGCCGCGGACAGCGCCUCCUACACGCAGCUCGUGUACCUAGACGACAUGGACCAAAGCGGCAGUGAGUGUGGCACCACCGUCUGUACCCCGGAGGACAGUGCCCUGCGCUGCUUGCUGGAUGGCUCUGGCCGGCGGAGCGGCGGCCAGCUGCCCAGCCUGCAGGAGGAGACGACAAAACGAACUUCGGACGUGCCCCCGGAGCCACUAGCCAGUCCCGAACAGAGGAGAUCUGCUCAGGAGGACGACGAAGAGGAGGACGAGGAGGACCAAGGAGAAGACAAGAAGAGCCCGUGGCAGAAACGGGAGGAGAGGCCCCUGAUGGCGUUCAACAUUAAAUGAGCCACCGCAGAGCCACCCGACGGCGGAAUAGGAUACAGUUGCCAAAAAAUUCUUUCUUACCCAAGCGUUGACCUGAUUGUGGAAGGCGUCAGACGGCGGCAUCCGGGGACGUGGACUUUCACUGCAUCACGGUCCACCGUGCCCACGAGAGAAAGGAAUUCAAGUUAUUACUCAGAAUAAGGGAUGAUGCUAACGGGCGCCUCGCCUCCAGGGAGGUGGCUGACCGCGGCGGCCGAGUGUUGCUCGGCGUCUCGGACGCGUCCACCCCCGCGGAGAAACCACAGGUGAUGUUGCUAGGUUCUGCUGAUAACCUCGGCUCUCCCUCAGAUCCUGGGGGCAGAUGAAACUCUUCACAUUGCUUGAAUCCAUUUUAUCACGAUAAGGCUCCUGUGAAGUUAUUAUUGAGAAAUUAGCUUAGCACUUAGUGUCUCGAGGUAUGCAUUAUCUCAAAGGAAAGCUAUGCAUCGCUGCUUCGUGCUCUUAUUUUGCUUAGGUGUCUUGCGUUGGUUAGGUUUCGUUUCGGGUUUGCUUUUUUUUUUUUUUU